UCCACAGCUCCCCGACAGCAAAGCUCAUCCAACAUCCAACCACCACUCCAAUCACCCUCACAAUUCACAAUGACAACGCCUGCGAAGCUCCGGUCUAUCUACCGCUCUUUCCUGCGGGAACUCCCCUCUCGACCACUUUCCCCAACCUCGCGAACUCCGCUCCAAACCCGCAUCCGCGAGACCAUCGCCUCGGAUGCGAGCACCCCGAUCGAGCACGCGGAUCAGUUCCUCCAGUAUGUGAAGGCACAGAGGAUGUAUGCCACGUUGUUAGAGAGAUAUAAUCCGGGCAUGAAUAUGGAUGAGGAGGAGAGGGUGCGUCUGACCGCCAGGAGAGUCGGCAUGGAUCUACCAAAGGAGUUCUCAUACGCUGGCUCAGGGGAGGGAGAUGGCAACAACGGGAACCAAAAAUGAUAACUUGGCACGGGAAUGCAGAGUGUACCUGGGAAUGGCGUUUGGGAGCUGUGAUGGUUUUGGGCUCCUAGACGGAGGUUGUGGGAGCUGGGGGAGAGAUGCCAGAAGACACGAGGGGAUCGCUGGGUCGGAUCGUCUAGGUAGAAGGCAGACAGACGACGACGGCACGAUGUUGUAUACUAUGUACGAAGACCUGGACUUGAGACAAGAUUGGGAAUGUCUAACGGGAGCCAGCAUACUACAAGAAUUGAAAUCAAACCCCCGAUUUCUAUCCACGGAAAACGUGGAUAUUGAAGCUUGAAGAUCAUCUUUCAAUUAUAAGGCCGAGCCUUCCUUGGUAGUUGGAAUAACGUCGCCGAAUACUGGUUGAGGAUUGAGCAAGUGUUGCAAGUCAGUGAGGCAGCUAGGAGAACUAUGAUGGUAGAACGCCCAGUCAAACAAUGCAUCUUGAGAAUCUCGACUCAG